ACCUUUCGUCUUCUGAGUUCUGAGCAUCAGUCCGUCAGCAUAUGAUGAUGCUAUGACGAAAUUUUCAGAAAUAACAUCUCUUUUUUCCUCGCUUGCUUCGAAUGCAGGAGCCCUAGAUCCAACGGCUACAAAUGAAGAUGAUGAAGAUCUCGCCAUCACGAUCUCCAAUCUGAAUCGCUCUCUCAACCUGAGCGAAACUCAACCUAGCACCAGAGUUCUGGACACUGCGCUCUCUCUCAUGUGCUUCACUGCUCCGCAGGUUUUCCAAUCGGUGUUUGAUUGCACGGUAAAGACGAUCGUCGCAGUUCUGUCGUCUUCUGUCGAAUGUAAGGUUAUUAAAAUUGGUAAAAAUGAGGUCUUGCGAGUUGGCGGAUCGAUUUGUAGGCAAGACUGCGCGGAAAUUAUAGAAGCAUGUGUUGAUGUUUUGGAAAAACUGGAAGGACAUCGAGGAGAUCUUUCUCUCUCAAUGGUACAUGCUGCAUUACGCAUGGUGGUACUGGCUUCACGCUUUAAGUACACUUUGGAAUCAAGUGCUGUUCUUGAUGUUAAAACAGUUGAUGGAUGGAAACUUUCUUUUCAAAAGCUACUUGCCCAUGUGCCAAAAGAAAGUUGUAUGAGCAGAGAUAUGCCAGUAAGGUUGCUGUGUUGGUAUCUUGAUCCUGCCCUUCUAAAACAUAAUAUGUCGCAAAUCUUGCAAGAGGUCAAUAAAAGACCUUUGCUUUGCCUGAGUAUGGCCUUCAGUGAGAUGACAGAAUGGCAUUCCAUACUGAUAUCCUUGACGCUUGCUCCAGCUCUUUUCAUUGAGGCUAGGGCCCUAUUGCAUAAUUGGUAUCUACUAACGGGUUUGGCUUCUGUGUUGAGGCUUCAGAUUCAGUUGGUUUCACUGGUUCUAGACAUAGUCUCCAGACCAAUGUCGUGGGGCUUAUCAAUGGAGACUGGGUCCAAAAUGCCAUUUUGUGAUGCAUAUUUCCCGUACAAGCAAAAAACUAUAAGAAUUUUGGCUGGACCUCUGUCGUGGGAAAAUUUUCAGCAGCUAGUUCAGAAGAUAAGCAGAUUGGUUUCUCAGGGGGGAAAAGACUAUAACGGAAGUUCUGAGCAAGGGGUGUUGAAGAUGGAACUGGUGGAUCAUAAAUCUCUAUGGGCUACUGCUAUAAACUUCCCUGAUUGGUUCUUGUUUGCCUGUCUACUACUCUUCUCUGCUCCAGACUUUCAGGGCAUUGCCCAUUUAAAGUACAUGAUACACUCCACUGAUAAAUCAUAUGAUGAGGAAGUGCCUUAUUGCGCUGCUGCAGCGAGGUAUAUUGCAUGGAUAUUGGACCCUGUUACCGAAUCUAAUCAAGACUUGCUAGUUGAUUAUUUGACAAACUAUCAGGAUUAUGGACUUCAAAGCGCUUUAGCUCAGGAAUUUCAUGACGUGUGCGUUAGAUAUUGCAGACAAGUUACUGGUUUUGCAUCUGUAGCAGCACAAAUAUCACAAGGAGAUUGCAGCCAGCAAAGUAGAUUAAUUAGGAUGAUCCCAUUAGGCAUUUUGAUUGGAUUCCUUGAUUCUGUAGAUGAGGUAGGAUGUGAAUUAUUUUUGCAUUAUGCUGCAACUGGUACUAUCUUAAAAUGGACAGAAACACAAAUUCAUGGACUGAAGCAAAACGGAAGGAUCUGUGAAUGGCAGGAAGAGUCGACUACGUGGAGUCAAACAUGUACGGCAGAAGAGGCUGUAGCUGGAGCCUCUGUUGUCUUUGAUCUAACUGAUGUAACUGAGAAGAUGACAGCUUCUUUAUUUGAAAAUGAGGAGAGGGGGUUAAAGUUUCUUCAUGGCAUGAAACUGAAGGUUGGAAAUUAUCUCCUCAAGUGCGUCAAGAGGCUUCUCCAUUUUAAAGCUGAUGAAGCAGCAAAACUUAUAAUGUAUAGGGACCUCGUCCAUAGCUUAGUACGGUGGGAACGUCAAGGACAAGAUCCCCAAGACUACAAGGACCUGGAGGAUGUCAUCGACGCCUUGAAAGGUGCAUCAGCUUUCUUGUGA